AACAAGUAUAUAGUGAUUUUCAUAAAAUGAUUGAAACUUUUUGAACUAGAAAACUUAUUUAAUUGGAUCUACGAGUUUACUCUUGAAACAUUUUCAUACAAUUAUGCUACGUCAAGCACUGUUAAGUGGAGAAGAGCCUGCUGGUUAUAGUACUGGAUACUAAUCCGGUUCAGAAAUUUGUUCGCCAAGAUACAAGAAUAUUAACACAAUGCCUGGACUCGGUCAUAGUAUUUGCAAAUGCUCAUUUAAUGCAGAAAUCAAACAAUCAGCUCGCCGUGAUGGCUUGCCAUUCACAUUCAUCUACUUUCCUGUAUCCUGAUGAUAAACCGACAGAAAUCAGACAAACCGAUGGGCAGUAUGAAGGUUUCACACUAGUCGAAAGAAUGGUCAGGCAAAAUUUGCAAAAAUUAGUCAACGAAAUUUCCACAAAUAAACCUCUCAAUACCGAGAGUUUAAUUGGCGGCGCUCUGGCAAUGGCCCUGUGCUACAUUGUUAGACUAGAACGUGAAAAGGCUGCUGGUGAAAAAAUCCAUUCCAGAAUUCUAGUCAUAACUGGUAGCAAUGAUUCCGCUUCUCAAUACAUGAAUUACAUGAAUGUAUUCUUCACUGCACAAAAACUGGGAGUGGUAAUUGACGUGUGCAGUUUAGAUCAAGAACUGGGAUUGCUUCAGCAAGGGUGCGAUAUAACAGGUGGAAAUUAUCUGAAGAUACCACAGCUGGCUGGACUCCUGCAGUAUUUACUGUGGGUCUUUCUGCCAGAUCCUAACAUUCGGUCAAAACUAGUUUUACCUCCUCCGGUUAAGGUAGAUUACCGAGCUGCCUGUUUUUGCCAUCGAGAGCUAGUGGAUAUUGGAUUUGUUUGUUCCGUGUGUCUUUCAAUAUUCUGCAAAUUCAGCCCCAUCUGCACUACGUGUCACACCGUUUUCAAAAUGCCUGGUCCCAUACCAACGAAGAUGAAGAAGAAGAAAAAAAAUUCCGACAUAGUUCAUUAAUCGUUAAGUUAUUCAUUCGAUUAUUAUUAUUUAUUGAUCAUAUGGUUUAUCAAAUUUUUUCAAUAAAAACUUUUGUAAAAAAAUAA